UGCUACCAGGGAACCAAGGAAAGUGAAAUAAGGAACACCAAGUCGGGUUCGACUUUCCAAGCGAUAGAAAGUGAAGUAUUCAGUGCCUUGCUUUCGCACAGAACAAUUUAAGACUAAGCCAUGAGUACUGGACGAGGACGCCCUGCCCCUCAUGAUGAGGAGAGUAUUUACCGUAUCCCACCCUAUUAUUACAUUCACGUUUUGGAUCAGAACACGAAUGUUACCAAGGUGGAAGUUGGUCCAAAAACCUUCAUCCGUCAAGACAAUGAAAAGGUCAUUCUUGGUCCAGAAAGAAUGAUUACAAUUCCCCCGCGGCAUUACUGUGUUGUGGAAAAUCCAGUGCUGAGGGAUAAAGAUGGACGUGUGGUUAUAGACUCCAAUGGACAGAUCAAAUUGGGCCAUGCUGAUCAGGAUAUUCGUCUUGCUCAAGACCCAUUUCCUUUGUUUCCUGGUGAAGUUUUGAAGCAAAAUGUUACUGGUCUAAGGGUGGUUAUGGCUAACUCUGCCAUAAGACUCCGUGCAAUGCUGGACUAUGAGUCUGAAUCAGGAGAGAAGAGAGUGGCUGGGGAUGAGUGGUUGUUUGAAGGGCCAGGUACUUAUAUACCAAAGAAAGAGGUUGAAGUGGUAGAAAACAUCCUUGCCACAAUCAUCCAGCCAAACGAAGCCAUCAGACUGAGGGCAAGAAAAGAAACUAAAGAUCGUGAUGGUGACCUGCGUGUUGCUGGGGAAGAAUGGCUUGUCAAAAAGAUUGGUGCCUACCUUCCUGGUGCGUAUGAGGAAGUGGUGGAUGUUGUCCAAGCCUAUGUGUUGACGGAGAAGAAAGCUCUACACCUUCGAUCCACACGCACAUUUAAAGAUGAUACAGGUGCUGUACGAAAGAAUGGGGAGGAGUGGUUAAUCACCAUGGCAGACACAGAGGCACAUAUUCCAAAUGUCUAUGAAGAGGUUGUGGGAGUUGUUGAUAUCACAACACUGAACAACAGGCAAUAUUGUGUCAUUCUUGAUCCUGUUGAUAAAGAUGGGAGACCACAGUUGGGACAAAAAAGGCUGGUGAAGGGAGAGAAGUCAUUCUUCCUAUUGCCGGGUGAAAAGCUUGAGCAAGGUAUCCAAGAUGUGUUUAUUCUUGGUGAGGAUGAGGGGCUGAUUCUAAAAGCAAAUGAGGCCUUCCUUGAUGUUGAUGAAAAAGAGAAAGAGAUGCCAAGACGACCUGGUGAUCGCUGGAUGAUCCGUGGACCAAUUGAAUAUGUUCCACCGGUAGAAGUGGAAGUUGUUGCACAACGAAAAGCUAUUCCUCUAGAUGAAAAUGAAGGAAUUUAUGUGAGGGAUAUCAAGACUGGUAGGGUGAGAGCUGUGUGUGGUCAAACCUACAUGUUGACCCAUGAUGAAGAACUCUGGGAGAAAGAGCUGCCUCCAACAGUUGAGCAACUUCUUACUGGAGGAAAGGAUCCACUGGCUGAUCGUGGCACAAGGAAUACAUUUUUACCACCAGAAUUGAGUUUUCAAUCCAUGUCCACCCACUGGGAUGAAACUUCCAACAAACAACCAAACCAAACUUCAUCAAGACGCCCUGGACCAAGAGCACAAAGUGAGUCCAGAAGUAGCACUGGAAGGAACAAAACCAGAGUUGUGACAUUUAGAGUCCCUCACAAUGCAGCAGUACAGAUUUAUGAUUAUAAAGAGAAGACUGCCAGGGUUGUGUUUGGUCCUGAGUUGGUUUUGCUGUGCCCAGAUGAGCAGUUUACUCAGCUCAGUCUGUCAGGUGGAAAACCAAAGAAACCCAAUGUUAUCAAAGCAUUGUGUCUCCUCCUCGGCCCAGACUUCUGUACUGAUAUCGUUACUGUGGAGACUGCUGACCAUGCAAGACUGCAGCUACAGCUUUCCUACAACUGGCACUUUGAUACUGGAGAGAAGAAGCCAAAAGAUGCAGCCAAGUUGUUCUCAGUUCCAGACUUUGUUGGAGAUGCAUGCAAAGCAAUUGCUUCAAGAAUCCGUGGUGCAGUGGCUGGAGUCCAGUUUGAUGACUUUCACAAGAACUCAGCAAAGAUCAUCCGUACUUCAGUGUUUGGCAUAGAUGACAACCACAAAAUCCGAAAUAAGUUUACUUUCCCUGCCAAUAAUCUAAACAUCACCAGUAUUGACAUCCAAUCAGUGGAGCCAGUUGAUCAACGUACACGAGAUGCAUUGCAAAAGUCUGUUCAGUUGGCCAUUGAGAUAACAACCAACUCUCAGGAAGCCACAGCAAGGCAUGAUGCAGAGAGACUUGAACAAGAAGCCAAAGGUCGCCUGGAGAGACAGAAGAUAACAGAUGAGGCUGAAGCAGAACGUGCCAGGAAGGAACUGUUAGAACUCCAAGCUCAGAGUGCUGCAGUGGAGUCAACAGGGCAAGCCAAAGCUGAAGCCCAGUCACGAGCAGAGGCAGCUCGCAUUGAAGGGGAAGCUGCAGUUCAGCAGGCAAAGUUAAAGGCAGAGGCGGCAAAGAUCGAGGCUGAAUCAGAACUACAGCGUCUGAGUAAAACCCGUGAGGCCGAGUUGAAGUACCAGCAUGAACAGAAUUCAUUAGAUGUAACUAAGGCCAAAGAAAUGUCAGGCAUUGAGACAGAGAAAUUUAAGAACAUGGUGUCAUCUAUUGGUUCUGAUACAAUUCAGGCAAUAGCUACAGCUGGACCAGAGAUGCAGGUGAAACUUCUGCAGUCAUUGGGGCUGAAGUCUACUCUGAUAACAGAUGGUAGCUCACCUAUCAAUUUGUUCAGCACAGCACAAGGCUUGAUUGGUGCCCUUCAACAGCCUGGCACCCCUGAUGGCUUCUGAUGCAUCAUGAUUGACUGAGAUUUAGCACUAUUGUUGUGUACUCAAGUGAAUGCUUCAAAUGCAAUUAAUUUAAAACUUUCAAUUACUGUUACCUACUAAAAUAUUAGUAUAAUGAUCAGGAACUAUUAUCGUAGGUUAGAAACAAUUAAUAGAUCACCAGUAUAGUUUGCAUGUUAUUAAUAGCAAAAGCAAUUUGCACCAGCAGUUUAAAACCUAUUUUUUCUUGUUAUAGUUAUGUGAAUUUGCAUCUUUAAAAUGAUGUCCCCUUGGUUUAAACUGAGUCACUUUGAAUAAAAAUAGGAAAGGAAACAGAAAUGCAUAAGAUGGACAUGCAUUACCAAUGAUAAACUUGAAAAUAUUUAGCCCUAAUUUGUCAAGUUACUUGCCUUGUCUGGAGUUCUUUUACACUGUCAAGUUAGAGUUUGUUUUACACCAUGGUACUAUCACUUCAAUAGCUCUAAGUAUGAAACUUUAAACAUGCCACAACUAAUUUUCUAGGCAUAGAGAUUCAAGUUAAAAAAAAAAAAAAAGAAGGAAGAGGUGAAUAUGUGGCCCAACCUCACUAUAAGGCAGUCUGGUAAGAUCCUUCCUUAUGUUUACCUUCCUCAAACCUUUUGGCUGUUGUUUUCCUGAUAUUCUAUGUGUCUAGCAAUUCUCUGAGUAGAUGUGUACUGUAAUUCUGUAGACUAGCACCUUAAGCAAACCCAAUGCUUUGUGGCUAAGAACCCAUUGAAAGGAUUUUCCACUUCAUGCACCCGGUUUUCCAUGGAUGUAAUUACAUUCUUUAGUAAAUGAAUAUUUGUUCAAAA